GCCCCAGGCCGCUCUCGGGGGCGCGGCGCCCCGAUGUCCCACCACGGCACGGUGAAGAGCUGGGUCGGCGACAAGGGGUUCGGCUUCCUCCUGCCCGACGGCGGAGGCGAGGACGUCUUCGUCCACCGCUCCGCGCUGAUCGGCGCAGAGGAGCUGCUCCCCGGCGACAAGGUGAUCUUCGACAUCCGGGACGCGCACGCGGCGAGGAUCAGCGCUGGCAGGGGGCAGCUGAUCGACGCUGCUCCCCCGUGGUUCAAGGCCGUCAACGUCUCGGAGAGCCUGAGCCCCCCGGCCUCGGGGUGCUUCGGCGGCCUGUUCGAGGACGCGCCAGGCAGGCCCGCGCCCGCUGGCGACGUCGGCGCAGCCAUCGCCGCCUUCCUGGAGGCUGCCGCGGCCGGCGGCGGCGUGUGCGGCGAGGGCGCUGGGGAGCUGCUGGAGCGCUUCGUGUUCGAGAGCUCGCUCGGACAUAUGCGAUGGCGUCAGCCGCCGAUGCCGCUGUUUCACGGGGGGUUCUCGUUGCGGCUGCUUGCCAGUCCACGCGACGUGCUGCGGGCGCCCAGGGUUCGCGGCGACCUUCCCGCGCCCCUGUCAGACUCAGCGGGUCAUUCGAGCGCUCACGACCUGCCGCGGUCGCUCGGGGUUCCUUCGGACCUGGCUGACGUGGCCGACAGUCAGCACACGGAGCGCGAGGCGCAGUCCCCGUUUUCACCCCUCGUGGACUUCCGCUGGCUGUCCGCGCAGGGCGAGUACAUGAAGGAGCUGCAGGCCGCGACACCUCACGCCUUCCAGCGCGCCGCCCGCCUGGGCCGAGCCCGCCAAGUGCUCGGGGUCGCGGAGGGCGCCCACAGGGACGCGAUCGAGGGCUCGUUCCGGCGCCUCUCGGUCCCGUGCCGUCCCGACAAGGCACCCGCGGGGUUGACAGCUGCCGAAGCGGUCGCCCGCGUCCAGCGGUGGAAGGACUUGUGCGACGCGAAGUCCCUGCUGCUGAAGGCGGCGGCGCAUCAGUCGGCGUCCGCCGUGCUCGCGCCUCCGCAGGCGAGCCAGCCGUCCAGCAUCCUGCCGCCCCUGGGGUUGGCCAGUCUCGAUGAGGGCGCAGGCUCCGCCGAGGUGGCCGCAGGUGACGUCAGGGGAGCUUGCGCCGAGGCUCCCCAGAGGACCCUGCAUCUGGCCCUCGAGUGCCUCCUUAUGGCGCUCGAGCAGGGCGCAAGCUCCGCCGAAGUGGCCGCAGGGGACGUCAUGGGAGCGUGCGCCGAGGCUCCCCAGACGACCCUGAAUCGGGCCCUCGAGCGCCUCAUUUUGGCGCUUCGGCAAGGCGCAAGCUUCGCCAAGGUGGCCGCAGGGGACGUCAUGGGAGCGUGCGCCGAGGCUCCCCAGACGACCCUGAAUCUGGUCCUCGAGUGCAUCCUUCUGGCGCUUCAGCAGGGGGCAGUGGACGGCCUGACGCUGGCGCCCGCCCACGCGGCGGACGGAACCCGCGGGCACUGGGAGCUGGGCCUGCUGGUGCACCUGGAGGGCGAGGGCCGCAUCGGCCUGCUGCGGCGCAUCAUGGAGAGCGCGCGCAUCGUCAAGGUCAUGUGGGGCGUCCGCGGCGACUGCGAAUCCCUGCUGUACCAGCACUGGCCCGUCCAGCUCGCGGUGACGCCCGAGGCGAUCGUGGACGCCAAGGCGGCCUUCCUGGGCCUCGGCAUGGGCAAGAUGCUGGCGCACGUGCCCCCCGAGCACCUGGAAGGCCUGCCCCAGAAGGAGCAGAUCGACUUCGACUCCGCGCACGCGGCGAACCGCGAGGCUCUCCCGCUGCCGCUCGGCCUCACGGCCGCGCGUUACGCCGUGGACGAUCUGCACCGUAUAGAGGCGAUCCUGCUGCACAAGCUGCCGAGGAGCGGGUCCUACGCGGAGGCGCGGAGCGCCACGGACUCGCUGCUGGCCGCGCUGCGCGGCGACCCGUGCGGCCUGGAGUCGCUCCCGCGGAGGGCGACCGCGACGCCUGGGCGCUGCUGGGCCGCGCCGAGCGGCUCGCCGACGCCGCGCUGCGCGCCGCGGGCGUCGCCGUGCCGCCAGACCUCUCCUUCGCCGGGCGCGGCUGAGCGGCGCCGCGACUCCCGGACCUCGAGCGCAUUAUAA